UAAAUAAUAUAUGCCAGAGGAAUUAUCAGAACGUAAUUUCUUCAGUCUAAUUAAUAGUUCUAGCUACUUGGAACAUGUAAAAGUAGGCAAAAAACAUAAGUAAUUAGCAUUACUUUUUUUAAAAUAUCGAAUUAAAAAUUACACAAGCGCCAAUUUAUUAAUAUUUAGGCCUAUACUUAAUUUAAUUUUAAAAAGAAUUAAUUUAAAUAUAUAUACACAUAUGUAUAUAUUUAUUUAUUUUUCGGUUCUAACCCUGAAUAUUUAUCCAUACUAUCGAUUUAGAACGUGGGUUUAAAAUUUUUAUAAUAAUCGCACGUGAGAAAUGUUUCAGGGUGGGGUAUGCAUUUGUGAUAAACCUAAUUUAAAUAAUUAAGAAAACAAAAUUAAUAAUAAUAAACACGAUUUAAUUAAAAAUAAUAAAAUUUCAGGUGAAUUGAAAUCGUUAAGGGAAAGUUCUACUCGACAGGGGCUACAGGGAUGCACUACAGCAAUGCAGGUUUGCGCAGUACUGAGUCCAAUCGACCGGGUUGAGUCCAGCCCGUCCUUACGUUGCCUAUGUAGUCACAAUGCGUGAGUUAGCGGGCAAAGCAAAGCAAAUCCGUCGUCCUAUCGCAACUACUUAGUUAAACGUUGCCGAGCAGAAAGUAUUUCGAUUGAAAAAGAUGAUUAAUUCUGUUCUAAAUCUGUGUCGAGUCUGUCCCGUGCCGACGGAGGACAAGGUGAAUUCGGAAUACAAACAAAAUUUCACGUGGAGGGACAGUUACCAGACAGGGAAACCAGAUAUAAUCAAGCAAGCACCAUCAGCAUCAUCUACUACGUUGGAGCCAGCAUUGCCACGAAAGAAGAAAAAUCCAGAGCUUGCCUAUAAAGCUCAUGAAUUUUUUCACUUCGACUGCGAGGAAGGAGAUUCUUCAGAUUCUUUGGACACGAUGACGUCGGACGAUUCCAAAGGAGACCAAGAACUCCGAGCUAGGUCUGAAGAAAGGACAAAAUCCCGACCCACUCUCAGAAGUCGUUCCGCUGACCCAAAUAUAGGUAGAAAAAGACAAAAACACAAUUUGCCUCCAACACAAUCACAAAAUCCUGAAAAAUCUGAUACAAAACCAACCAAUCCGAAAUCCGAAUACAGAUCGCAAUUCGCUUGGCCCAAAUCUGGUUCCGACAUGGUUCACGCAGUGGCUCGGAAAUCCGCUUCCAUGGGAAUGAUUGCCGCCGAGUGUGCUACUAAGGAACUUGAAGUUAUAUCUGCAAAUGGGACACCAAAAGCUAUUCAACCUCCUAGAACCCUAGAAUUAGGAACUGAUCUAGACUUACAGGAUGAUGAUGCAAUUUUAGAAGCUUUAAAAAGGAAGAGAAUCAAGAAAACAGAAUAUAAAUCAAAAUUUCGACCUUUCUCUUCCUAUGUUUACAUCGAUGGCGGAUGGAAAAAAGCUGAGAAAGAUGAAGUAAAAGCCGAAGUCGAUCCUAAUGCUUGGUACUCAGAGGUAGCAGAGAGAUUGAAGAAAGCAGAUGAAUACAGGUGGCGCAGUCACGGAGGACCCCUUCUUGGUGAAAAAUCAUCCCCCUACUUACCAGAAUUUUCUAACCAAGAUCGCUGUUCUACUUUCUCAAUUUCACCUGUAAUUGCUUCAAGGUCUCCCACAAGAUCCAAGAGUGCAGAAAAGAAAAAAAAGUCAGAUAGUUCAAAAAAGACUCCAGAAGGAAAACAUGUAAGACCAAAAUCAAUAGCAUUGGAUACUAAACCAAGAGAAAAGAUAAGCAAUGGUCCUGUUGAACAAAAAAAAUCAAAAUUUCAAACUGAUGGUGAUGAAAGUACACAGGAAUCAGAUCCUUUACUUCCAGAAAAAGAAAGUCCUACCAAAGAAUUGAAAACAGGAGAAGGAAAAAAGAGUGAUGCUGCUGCUCGACCCCAAACGCUUCCAAAUAUGACCGACACAGAAAAUCUAGUAAAUGGAAUAUGUUCUCCAAGCCCUCCAGUCCUCCGCCCUAAACUGCCUAAUCGACCAGUGCCUCUUACUACAGUUAAAUCCCCAGAAGAAGUUACUGGAGUUAGGUCACCUGAUCCAGCCACAUGGACAGUUCCAUUAGAAACUGGUAAAGGAUUACAAUGGACUGAUGGGAAGACACCAAGUUUGUUUAGGUGGUGUCUCUACAGGAGAUAGCAUUGCUCCAUAGAAAAGGACUGUUUGCCAAGGCACCAGUUAUUUAUAAACUAGUAUUCUUCAAUCUUACAACUCAAGACAGGAUUGAUGUAAGAAAGUUCAUUUCCAGAUAUGCAAAUGACAAGAGCAAAAACAAAAAUAAAUUUUUCUGGAUUUUUAGUUCCAUGUAUUUUUCAAUAAUUGAUAUUUUCCAUAUGGUAUUUUAAGAAAAUACAUGCAAAACAUUUAAAAAUUCAGUCAGUUAAGAUCAUAAGUUAGCCUUGUUAAAUGAAAUAUCAAAAAAUAAAAAAAAAGGUGGUUUUGAAAAAAAGAAAUAAAUUAUAUAAAUAUAUAUAUAUAUACAAAUUGAAACUUCUAAAAAAAGAAAAAAAGGAAACAUUUUUGAAAUUUGUAUAACAAAAAAAUUAAUAGCAAAUUUAAUUUUUUGUCAAUAUGUCAUUGCAGAAUUAAAAACAAAAAAAAAAAAAUAUGUAAUUUGGUUUGAAAUUUCUCAUAUAUCCUUCCAAGAAUGAAACAUUAUUCGUCCUGUAUAUUUUAUAUAAGAUAUCAUUGUACUAUGUUAUUGUGUACUGCAUAUCAGAUAUUUUUUAAAUAUUUUGCUAAACUGCCAUGAUGAUAUAACCGACCAACAUAAAAUUAUUUGGCAGGGGUGUCAAAUACUGCUAUUUUACAAAUAUCAUUCUGAAAAAACCAUCAAUCAUUCUCUGCUCAGAAUUUAUUUUUUACACACAUUUAAUAAAUCUACUUACUUUACAAUAUUAAAUUAUGUAAUUCUUUGAAAACACAGCAAAUUAAUAAAAAAAAAUAAAGCAAUAAGAAUGAAUUUUAUAUAAUUUAGUUUUUUGACACCCCUGCAUUUGUUUACUGUGGAAAAUUUUCAAUUACUAUAAAUACAUUUUUCUGUUUUCAAAAAAAAAUAUAUAGUAAUUUACGAUUCUGUUAUAUAUCAAUUCCUAAAGCUCAGGGAGUGGAUUUUACGGAGGAUAAGUUGAAUUUGAUGAAACAAGAAUUGAUUCUUGUAAUUUUUUCACUAUUAGCAAACAGAUUAAAGGCUUGGAAAAAAAAAGAAAUACUUCCACAUAUACACACACAAAAAAAAACACACAUACACAUACACAAACAA